GCGGCCGCUGCCAGGCGGAGUUCACCGCCUUGGAGGAUUUUGUUCAGCACAAGAUUCAGAAGGCCUGCCAGCGGGCCCCUCAGGAGGCCCUGCCUGCCACCCCUGCCACCACAGCGUUGCUGGGCCAGGAGGUGGUACCGGCAGCACCAGGCCCAGAGGAGCCCAUCACUGUGGCCCACAUCGUGGUAGAGGCGGCCUCCCUGGCAGCAGACAUCAGCCAUGCAUCUGACCUCGUUGGUAAGCCGACUUCCAUGGAUCGCUGGCCUGAUAGACCUUCGUGGUUGGGGCCGGAGGAUGGGGCCUCUGCUGCCUGUAUGCUCGCCUCUCCCGAGACCAGGGCCUGGUUGGGAGGGGCUGCGGCCUCGUGGGAGCCUUUCUGCGGGCACAGCCUGCCAGAGGAGGAAGCGUUGGGCACUGGGCCUUCCUCAGGUGUCCACAGUGGCCGGGGGCACACCCAGGCACCAAGGAGUCUUUGGGCUGUGCUCUCUCCCUUCAGCUUUCCCGGGUGGUCUCUGCCGUGUCCCUCCCAGAAUCUUCCCCACUCCCCUGCCACCCCCUGGUUCCUGCUCCCUGCCCAUAGCCAGCAACAUCCACCGGGCACCCACCAGAAUGGCCCCCUCGCCCAGCAGCGGCUCUGGAGGGUGGGUGCAGGGUGGAUGGGACUCUCCCGCCUCUCUAGCUGGGCUGGGACUUGCUGCUGGCCGUGGCCUGCCCUCCCCAGUGCUCCCUCUGGUGUGGGGGUGGUGAUUGCUACACGGGUCCUCAUGCGGCUUUUAUGAGCGUGCAAUGCCAGGCCUCUUUGAUGGCUACUUUUUAAGUGAAGAUGUCUCUCUCCCUGAUGUGCUGUGGGAGGGGCUGUUGCGAGGUCUGGAUGGGGAAGCUCUCAUCGGCGACAGAUGCUUGUGCAUGGGGGACAUUCAGAGGCAGCCAGGGCCUGGGCAGGUUGAGGGAGCCAGGGGCUGCUGGGGUUGGGGGUGUGGCAGGGGCGAGUGGCUAGGUGUGCAGAGCUGUCUGGGGACCUGAUGCUGUGGGAGGUGGGGUGGGGCAUGGCUGCUGCCUGGGGAGCCUGCUGGACCGGGGCCGAGGCAGGCGGGGAGUAGGCAGCUGGACAGGAAGUAGGUUUGGGCACCAGGCGGAACCUGGCCUUGGGCAGCCCUGGGGACUGGCUGCAGCAGGAAGAGGGGGUGGAGGAGCCGUGGCAGAGGCCAGCCCGGGGCCUGGGAAGGGCGCCUGUGAGCAGGCCGCUCUCCAGCAGGCAGCCAGGGCACCUGUCUCACCUCUGUGCUGCCUUUUCCUGGCAUUCCUGCAACCAAGACACUCAUCAGUGCCACUCAGAGCUCGGAAUGUUCAUGUGGGAGGUGGGGCAGGCUCUGGCCUUGACCUGGCGUUUGGUUUCUGGGAUGGUGGUGUCAUCUGGCAGCAUGAACUCCUUAGGUUCUGGCGGGGUCUCUGCGCGGGGUGUCUGGCCAGCCAGGCCCCUUUCCACCCACCUAAACUCUAGCAGCCCCAGCCCUAGGGUCGGCACCCCUCCCUGUGCUUCAGCAGCCCCUCUCGGCACCCCUGCCACUCUGGCACCCCUGGGAUUUUCCCCUUUGCGGGCAUCCUGGGUACCCUGAGCGUCCCCUUGGUCAGUCAGCAGGCCCGGUGGGCUUAGUCCAGGGCUGCUAGCUCUCCUGUUGGCCUCCAGUGGAGAUGGCACAGGAUCCUGCCUGCUGGUGGCCAAGGGCUGGGGCGUGCCACGUCCUGUCUUUGCUGGUGCAGGGGUGCGGUCAGCUGUGUGGGCAAUUGGAACCCACCUCCAGGCCCUCCUGCCUCUUCGCGGAAAAAAUUCGCGUCUCCUCUGGCCUUGCAGCGGCCAUGUUCCCCCAGGUCCUCUCCAUCAGAGGCCUCUGUCCUUUGGAAGAUCACUCCUGGGGCAUUGAGCGUGUAAGGGCUCGGGCAGGAGAGGCUCUUAAUUGUUUCUGAGUCACCGCGCUUUUGUUGUGUUUCAAGAGAACAGCUUGUCAAAACAAGACGCCAGCCGGACUGAGGUGGUUUCUAAGCAAUAGCUUCACAGCUGUUUCCCACUUGUCAUCUUUAUGAGCAGAAAACGUGAACUGUGUUUACAACCUAGCUUUGCACAUUGUCAGAUUUUUCCCAGCAUCCUCCAGAAGUGCAAAAGCCCGGCUUCCUCGCCUCAGGCUGUCCCGGGUGUCUGGAGAGCGUUCACUCUCCCAGGCCAAGCCUGCCUUGGGACGGGGCUCUGGCCAGGCCUGCCUGCCCCGCUGCAGUGGCCCAGCCCAUCUCCUCCAAUGGAAGAGUGGCCCCGGAUGCACAUCCUCCCUAUCUUGGUGGGAGCAGUGGCAGGAGCAGUGGCAGCGAGCAGGACAAGCGGCUGUCUCUUCAUCCAGGGACCGUGUCACCAGGAUUCGCAUGUCCUCCUGGCUUUGGGGAUGGGGCAUCUGUGCUCCAUGGUGGGUCUCCCUGUGGACACAUUUGGUGGCCCUGGAGCAUCUCUGGGUAGCCUGACAGAGUCGGGAGGUGUCUCUCCACCUCUCACUCCGACCUGGAGAGGUGAAUGGGACCUUGGCUGCUGCUCGGCCUGUGUGUUGAGGGCUCAGUGCAGGUUGGGUCCAGGGUGUGGCUCAGAGCAGCAGGUCCCCUCCUCUGGAGCCGGCAGUCUCUGGGGUCUCUCGGCAGGGGCAGGUCCUGUGGCUCAGGCCCAGAUGCUUCUCCUAGGUGGUGGGCACAUCAAAGAGGUCAUCGUGGCUGCUGAGGCGGAGCCGGGGGACAGGGAGAUGGCCGAGGCCCCGGGCAGCCCCCACCAGCAGGGGCUGGGGCUUGCAGGGGAGGGCGAGCAGGCCCAGGUGAAGCUACUGGUGAACAAGGAUGGCCGCUAUGUGUGUGCGCUGUGCCACAAGACCUUCAAGACGGGCAGCAUCCUCAAGGCCCACAUGGUCACUCACAGCAGCCGCAAGGACCACGAGUGCAAGCUCUGUGGGGCCUCCUUCCGCACCAAGGGCUCACUCAUCCGGCACCACCGGCGGCACACGGACGAGCGCCCCUACAAGUGCUCCAAGUGUGGGAAGAGCUUCCGGGAGUCGGGCGCGCUGACCCGGCACCUCAAGUCUCUCACCCCCUGCACAGAGAAGAUCCGCUUCAGUGUGAGCAAGGACGUGGUUGUCAGCAAAGAGGACGCACCUGCAGGGUCUGGAGCUGGAGCUGCCGGCUUGGGGACAGUCACAUCAUCGGUGACAGGCGAACCCAUAGAGACUUCACCCGUGAUUCACCUGGUGACAGAUGCCAAGGGCACCGUCAUCCACGAAGUCCACGUCCAGAUGCAGGAGCUGCCCCUGGGCAUGAAAGCCCUGGCCCCGGAGCCCCCCGUCUCCCAGGAGCUCCCCUGCUCCAGUGAGGGCAGCCGUGAGAACCUGCUGCACCAGGCCAUGCAGAACUCCGGCAUCGUCCUUGAGCGCGCCGCUGGGGAGGAGGGUGCCCUGGAGCCAGUCCCUGCUGCCGGGUCCAGUCCCCAGCCCCUGGCAGAGGCAGCCCCGCAGCUGCCGGUACUGGAAAUGCAGCCGCUGGAGACACAGGUGGCCAGCGAGGCCUCAGCGGUGCCCAGGACCCACCCAUGUCCUCAGUGCAGUGAGACCUUCCCGACAGCAGCCACCCUGGAGGCCCACAAGAGGGGCCACACCGGGCCGAGGCCGUUCGCCUGCGCUCAGUGUGGCAAGGCCUUCCCCAAGGCCUACCUGCUCAAGAAGCACCAGGAGGUGCACGUGCGUGAGCGCCGCUUCCGCUGUGGCGACUGCGGGAAGCUCUACAAGACCAUCGCCCAUGUGCGCGGCCACCGGCGCGUCCACUCAGACGAGCGGCCCUACCCUUGUCCCGAGUGUGGCAAGCGCUACAAGACUAAGAACGCACAGCAGGUGCACUUCAGGACACACCUGGAGGAGAAGCCGCACGUGUGCCAGUUCUGCAGCCGUGGCUUCCGAGAGAAGGGCUCACUGGUGCGGCACGUGCGACACCACACAGGCGAGAAGCCAUUCAAGUGCUACAAGUGCGGCCGUGGCUUCGCUGAGCACGGCACGCUGAACCGGCACCUGCGCACCAAAGGGGGCUGCCUGCUAGAGGUGGAGGAGUUGCUGGUGUCUGAGGAGAGCCCCGCGGCAGCCACCACCGUCCUCUCGGAGGACCCACACACAGUGUUGGUGGAGUUCUCGUCUGUGGUAGCUGACACCCAGGAGUAUAUCAUCGAGGCCACUGCAGAUGAUGCAGAGACCAGUGAGGCCACGGAGAUCAUCGAGGGCACCCAGACGGAGGUGGACAGCCACAUCAUGAAGGUGGUGCAGCAGAUCGUGCACCAGGCUAGCGCCGGCCACCAGAUCAUCGUGCAGAAUGUCACCAUGGACGAGGAGACGGCGCUGGGCCCAGAGGCGGCUGCGGCCGACACCAUCACCAUCGCCACCCCCGAGAGCCUGACAGAGCAGGUGGCCAUGACGCUGGCCUCGGCCAUCAGCGAGGGUACUGUGCUUGCUGCCCGGGCGGGGACAAGUGGCACUGAACAGGCCACUGUGACCAUGGUGUCGUCAGAGGACAUCGAGAUCCUGGAGCAUGCAGGCGAGCUGGUCAUCGCCUCGCCGGAGGGCCAGCUGGAGGUGCAGACGGUCAUCGUCUAGCAUGAGGUCUGCGGGGUCCUGGCCGGGCAGGGACAGGGCAGAGGACUCUGAGUGCCCCGCCCAUGCCUGCCUGGCCUGGUAGAGAAGAUGGCACAGAAUGGAGGUGCCCCGAGACGGACAGUGUACAUAAGAGUUUCUUGUUGCUUUACAAUAAAACAUGAGAACCUGCA